GGAGUCCAUUCAUCCCAGCCAGCCCUCCCCGGCCGCCAUCUGUUACACGUCAACAUGGCGACUUUACAGGGAUCCGGUAUGCCUCGGGUGAAAAUGGAAUCGCUUCCUGACGCCCAUGUCGAUAUCAAAUCGGAACCUAUGGACGAUACGCCCUCGCCGUAUAUGGACGAGGAUGAUGACAUGUAUGAGGACACCGGAGAUCUCGAUUUUUCGCAGUCGCAGCAACAACUGUGGCUUAGCCAUAUCCCGCGGCAGCUGUGGGACACACUUUCACGACUCCAAGACGAGGACGAAAUAGUGAUAGGAACAGUACGAGUCGAAGGGCCUGAAACGAAUCCCUCACGGGUCAGUCUUAUGCUGAACCCGAUCGCGCCCUUCGAGAACCAGCCUAAAGAGUACAACUUGCUCCCUCCACCCAACGAGAAAUUGAGAGCUCGACGAACUGGUCAGGCAUUUGUCUUCUCGGAGAAAGAUCUGCCUGGUUAUAAGCCACGGACCUUCGCUUGGGAUGACCCGGAUGAGGAAGGAACCCCAGGACAAAAGCGCUCAUUCUUAUAUGAACGACAUAAGCGGGAGUUGAAAAAGAAAGAAAACAAGGGUCGAUUUGUGCCCUACGCGCGACGCCCCAUACCUAAGCAGACCGCCAUCAUAGGAACUGUUGGCAAGGAGUGGGAAGCGGUGCCUGUCAAGAAUGCAGAGUACUUUGUGCUCGAAAAUAAGCAGGCCGAAGAGAUGCUCAAGCCACCUGAACGAGAGCAAGCCAUAUUCGUCAGUGGUGAACACGACCCGUCGAGGAAGCACAUUCCAUUCAUGACCAUGAGUGACAAAGCCAGCGUGCUCAAGAACGCCCAAGCUCGCAAACAAGCACAAAAAGAGAAUCGCGCUGCUCGUGUCGACAAGCAUGUUCUUAUUGACAAACUACUCGAAUUGUUCAGGCAGCACCGUAUCUGGGGAUUGCGUGAUCUCAAGUCUAAAGUCAAUCAGCCAGAAGCAUAUCUACGACAGACUCUGGAUGAGAUUGCCUUCAUGUGGAAAGCGGGCGAUUUCAACGGCAAGUGGGAGCUCAAAGACGAGUAUAAGAGCGAUGCCAUGCUGCAGAAUCCGACUGGUGUCGUGGCUCCCAAGGCUGAAGAUUCUGACAUGGAUAAAUCUGGGAUGGAUGAUGACGAUGAUGUUAAUGACGAUGAAAUUUUCGAGGACGUUGGAGCAUGAUGACAGGAAGCAACUUCUGAUGCAUAGCGAUGGCGUUCAGAGGGAUAGAACUAUCCAAAAGAGAUACCCUGGGGGGCUGUUCAAUCGAACUCUGCCUUGUAGAUAUAAUUCAGAAGAGAUGCUACAGAAUUGCCCCGCGUCUCGAACCACUCGUUUUGUGCUUCGAUUGACAAGACUUCUGGCAACUGAGAUAUUUCGUAGGUGCCGUUCCAGGCUGCAGCCUUGUGAGCAUAAAGGGGAGAAGCCUUGGCAUGGUUGUACUGC